ACAGAUUGGCUAUGUCAUUUUUAACAAUUAUCUCUUUAAAACAAAAAAUUAAUGUUUAAUGAAUAACUGAUUUGGAAGCACUUUUUAGAAGAUGUUGCCAAUGUGAUGUAACAAGCGGCAAUCUUUAGUGUUGAAAGAAACAGCUGAUCUACUGAUUAGUCAAAUUAAUGAAAAAUGCCGUUUCGCCGUUUACUUGGACUUUUACUCAACAAUCCACAGUUAAUCGAAAGACUUUCCGAAACAAAAGCGAUUCGUAUCGCGGCCCAGAAAGCAGUCGGUUUAUACAACAAUGCAGUGGCGAAAGGAUUAUCAGCCACAAACAAAUUGGAAGGUAAUAUUAAAGAAAAAGUAGCGGAUUUUCCAAAAUCUAAAAGUUCAAAUGAAAGUAGUUUUUUGUCAAAUUUUAAGCAAGAAAUGGAAGAGGAAUAUUCAAGAAUGAAAAAAGAUAAAAAACUGUGAUUGUCAAAAGCUUUUUAUGCAAUUGUUUCUCUUAUUCUUAUUUACUUGCAUUGUUGCAUAGGUAACUACUAUUGUUCAUUUAGAUAGCUUUGUUUUUAUCAACUUAAAAAAACAAUGUGGAAAAGAUCUAUGUGCAUAAACUACAGACUAUUUUAUAACCAGCAUAUUUACAUCUACAGAAAAAAGAUAACUACAGUACACAGUGUAAAAUUAUGCCAAACGAUAACAUAAAUUGGGAAAAUAAUAACAUUUGUACGACAUAAUUCACUCCUAUUAAUGCUAGGUAACAUGAUUAACCCCAACCAAAAAGCUAGGUAACUCUUAAAACAAUACAAAUGAUCACAGUAGGUAUAUAAAGGUUAAAAAAAAUAUGCCUUUUUAAGUGUAGGUGCAAACAACAGCAGCUUAUUCAUCAUGUGUGUAGUUUUUCCAAUAUGAUUUUUGUUGUUUUCCUUCCUAAAUAUAAAAAAUGAUGAAUA